AUGGAUCUAGAGGAGGAAGUACUAGAUGAAAAGUCGAAGUUAGCGGUGUUGCAUUUCCGUUCAGGGAGCUACACCAAAGCGGCCGAGCUUUUUUCCGAGCUUGUGCGGUCAAUGGAUGGUUAUUCAGAAACAUACUUGGCUUCAGCUAGAACGCGUUACAAUCUAAGUGAAAGGCCAAUUGUUGGGUCCUUGAUCCAUCCAAAGUUGCUCCAAGUGUUGGAUCAACGAGCUGCUACAUGGGAAAAAUUGAAAGAUCCCCAACGGGCUUUCCGGGAUGCUAAGAAGAUGAUUUCUUUAGAUCCUACGAGUUGCAAGGCGUACCUCCGCUUGGGAAAGCUCUAUUUGAAGGAGGGGAAAGAAUUGGAGGCCUACAAAACUUAUCAGCGUGGUGUAUUUACUAUUGAGCGUGCAAUCGAGAAACUCGGGUUGGAAGUACUGCCGAAGCUUAUUGCACAACUCAAGGAGCAGUAUAGAAAGCUCAAUCGGGAACUAAAGGCAAAAAAGGAGUCUUCUGUAAAUGUGGCUCAGCAAAUAGAGCAGAAAAGGACCCAACAGAGGCGUUUGGAUGAGGUAAUUCCUGCUAAGCGACCAAAGAAGGACACUACUCCUCAAAGGAAUCCACUAGAUCCAUUUCAAAUUCUUCCUUUCGAAAUAGUUGAGCAUAUAUUCCGCCAGGUUCCAGGGAAAGACCUUUUCAAGUGUCAUCUUGUGUGUAAAGGGUGGUAUACUGGACUCACCCACAUGCCAAAAUUGUACAGGGACUCAUUUGUAUUGCGGCAUCGUGUCAAUGCCCGCGAGUACUUCUCGGGCCUUCAGUUGAUGCAUCGAAUUGAGAAAAACCUGGCACUGCCCUCAUUGCGUCUCAUUCGUCUCGGCGCUACGAGAGACGUAGACAAUCUCGGUUACAUUUUGGAAAGCAUCAUUACAGAGAAGACACUACGAAUCAAGAGAUUGGAAAUUGUCAAUCUCGAUAUGAAUAUCGACCUUUUAUUUCAGAAACUACAAAAAAAGGAUUUCGAGCGCCGGGGUUUGGAAUCCAUCGAGAGUUUGAAAUUGGGUAUCAAUACGUCAAUCUAUGAGUCAAAGCCACUUUUGGAACUUUUUCCAAAUUUACAACGCCUCGAAAUUCUUUGCUUGGAUUGCAAACUACGAGGAUCCAGCUACAAAACUCUACUUCAAUCAAAAGAGUAUAAUCAUCUCAUGUACACUGCGGGCCAGCGUAUAGAGUCAAACAUUUGUAGCCUCACACUUGUCAACAAUCCGGGCCUCAUAGAAGCGAAUCAGCCAGGAGUUCAGGUAGGCUCUCUGACCUUUCUAGCCUCACCACCUCUUUUGGAUGUCCGAUAUCCAGAACUAGAGGAGUACACAUUAGUUGGAUAUGCGAUAACUCCCGCUCGAUACGGUCUCCUAUUUUCUCACCUUCUCUCUGCAUCUGAGCUGCUCCGUGCGCUUUACUUUGAGCAAGUUGAAGGGCUUACACUUCACGAUUUCUUGCAAUUCAUCUGUGUUGCUAAACCUCGAUGUAAGCUCAAAACUCUCACCGUUCGCAAUGCCACUGCAGACGAAGCAUUAAUUGAGACGUUCAACGUUCUGGACUUCGGAUGUCUCUCAGAACUCAAAUGUCUAGACAUUUAUGACUCCUCCAUCAGCAACAAGUCUCUCCUCAAACUCUUGGAGCUUGCAAAUCAGGAAGGCGCACUUGAACAUAUAAAUCUAGGCCAUCCAGAGAAAAUUGCCCUCACUAAUGAUCGGAGGAGCAUGGGCGGAGACAAGCUAGACUUUUCGGUGCUUCUACAGGCCGUGCCCAACCUUCAGAGCCUUGUUCUCUGCGAGCAAGAUCUUGACAAUUAUUCAAUGCGCCAAUUUGCAACAGAUUUGAGUCGUGUUCGUGGAGCAUCUUGGUCUUUGCAAUACUUGGACCUUUCUUUCUGUCAAGGCAUUGAUGGAGUUGGUCUCAUGAGUCUUCUUGGUGGCAACAUCCCACGAGUGAAAACUCUUGUUUUAGAUGGCCUUGAUAUAAAUAUUCAAACGCUUAAUUAUUGUGUCAAAAAGGGGUUGGUCGGUGAGAUAAAGUGCGAUCCACAGAAGCAAAAAUGGAUCCAAUAUGGAGUCAACAGUCGCAUUAUUCCCAAUUUAUCCAAAAGAUGA